UUUUGUUGUACGCAUAUUAUUCGCUUUGUCUCUGAUGAUGAUUAGUUGAAAAACUUUCGUUCUUCUGAUAAUAGAUCAUGAGGAAUGCUUUGGAGACCUGAACUGAAGAGACACCUCUUGCUUUUUCUUUUCGUUUCAUUUUUUUUUUCGUCUAUGCAAAAUUUCUUGUUUUGGGUUUUAGAUAUGAGUAGAAUCAAACUUUACGGUUUUUUUUUCCAUUCCAGUUUUUGGGCAAGAAAACGGAUCAAAAUCAUGGUUGGGGUUAUUUUGGUUUACCUCUCUGAUCAUUUCUUGAUUAUGAUUGAAAAAAUGGAUCUAUUCUGUUCUUAUAUUGUGUAUUAAACGAAAUGAGCAUUGAAGAUCUUUGUAUUCUCUCUAAGGAUGAUUACAAGUAAACUUUCUUCCGAGGUAUUCCAUGCGGAAAAUUUGUGGAGACCUGAACUGAAGAGCGUUGAAUAAGAUCUUUAAUGCCGUACUAUGUAACCUUUGGGAUUUCAAACCAAGGCUUUUAUCGAAGAUCUUGAUAGAAAAAAAAAUCUCCAAAAGCUCCAGAGCUAAUUCAAGAUGAGUGGGCCAAUGGAAGAAGAUAGUGCCAAGAAUGAGGAAGAGGAGUUUAACACAGGGCCACUUUCUGUUUUAAUGAUGAGUGUUAAAAAUAACACUCAGGUGCUUAUCAAUUGUCGAAACAACAAGAAGCUUCUUGGCCGGGUGAGAGCCUUCGAUAGGCACUGCAACAUGGUUCUUGAAAAUGUCAGGGAGAUGUGGACAGAGGUACCAAAAACUGGGAAAGGCAAGAAAAAGGCCAAUCCAGUUAACAAGGAUAGAUUCAUUAGCAAGAUGUUCCUCCGUGGAGAUUCGGUGAUCAUUGUUCUUAGAAAUCCCAAGUGAUGUAAAUCCAUUUGCUCUAAGGCAUUCUCAGUUCAAGUGACUUGAUAAAAGAGAGUUUUCUACGUGUUAUAAUGUAUGUGUUCAUCUCACCAAAAAUUAGUUUCAUAUCAGCCUGGGAGUUCGCUAUGCGCUUUUCCUUGCCUGCUGAUUGCUGAAUUGCUGCUCGAGUGGAUCACAAAGUUAAGGCAUUUGUUUGGAGUUGGUCCUUGAUGUAAAUGUACCAGAAAUUCAAAUGCUAAAAUGCGGGUUUGACAAUAUUAAUGAGUGUAUCAGUCAUUUGGUUGGCCAAAUGAAGGUUUUCGAACCAUAUUAAUGAUAAAUAGGACCAUAAUCUGAGGCUAUUUGCAUUUGACUUGGUA